AUGAGGUUCCGUUGGAUCGGCGCUGCGCUGCUGUCGGCGGCCGCCUACUACGUUUACCUCCCCCUGCCGCGCGCCGUCGGCGAGCCCUGGAAGCUCAUGCUGCUGGAUGCGCUGUUCCGGGGCUUCAUGCAUGUGGGUGACAUGGCUCACGCGUUGGGUGUGUGUCAUCGUGUCCACUUGCUGAACAGGGUGGUGUCGUGGGUGGAGGUGAUAGAGGCUCGCUCCUGUGACAGCGUGCACGUGUCCGACUCCACCCUCGGCGGCGUGCCCACGCGAGUUUUCCAGCCGAAGCGGGGGAGGAGGCUGAAAAGGGGCCUGAUCUACUUCCACGGAGGAGGAUGGGCCCUCGGCAGUGGACGCAUGCGAUCCUACGACCUACUUUGUCGAAAGAUGGCGGAGGAUUUGGAUGCAGUCAUCAUGUCAGUCGAUUACCGUCUGGCUCCAGAGGCGGUGUUUCCCGACCAGUACCACGACGCGUUGGCAGCCUCACGUGCCUUCCUCUCCGCCGGGGUCCUGCAGCGCUAUAGCAUCGACCCAGACAGAGUGUGUGUGUCGGGAGACAGCGCUGGGGGAAACCUGGCCGCCGCGGUGGCCCAGGAGCUCUCCACAGACAACGGACUGACAUUUCGGUUCAAGGCCCAGGCAUUGAUCUACCCUGUCCUCCAGGCGUUGGACUUCUACACCCCGUCCUACCAGCAGAACCAGGCCGUGCCCAUCCUCUACAGGCCGGUCAUGGCCCGUUUCUGGCUCCAGUACCUUGGCGCCGACCCCUCCCUGGAGGCCCUCCUGCUUGCCAACAACCACAGCACUCUGGACCAGCCAGGCAUAAGCCCUGACACCCGUUCCAAACUGGACUGGACCACUCUCCUCCCUGCCAGAUGGAGAAAAGACUUCAGGCCCGUUGCCAGGGCAACAGGGUCAGUAGGGGUUGUGGGUGAAGUGCCGGGGUUAGUGGAUGUGCGGGCCGCGCCUCUGCUGGCAGAACAAAGGGUUCUGGGUAGGACACCCAAGGCAUAUGUGAUGACCUGCGAGUUUGACGUGCUGAGGGAUGACGGGCUCAUGUACGCCGAGCGCCUGCAGGAUGCUGGCGUCACGGUAACCAACGACCACUAUGAGGACGGUUUCCAUGGCUGCAUGGUGUUUGCCUUCUUCCCAAUGUGGUCCAGGGUAGGACGACGGAGCAUGGAGAACUAUAUUGACUGGCUGGACCAGAACCUCUAGAUAACAAGUAGUUUGAAAAGAAAAUCUUAUCAGACAGGAUCCAGAAAAUCUAUUUUGAU